GGACGUUGUUGUCUCCGGGCUUAACCUGCUGCUGCUGCUGCUGCUAACGAGGAAGCUGGAGUUAGACACGAACAACUUUAGGGAAUUGUCUUCUGUUUUUUUUUUUUUUUUAUUUAUUUUUUUCCCUACUUGUAAGCAGAAGAAAACCAACAUGUGCUCGGUGGACUUGGAGAAGCUGAAGAUGACGUGUGCUGGUCGGGCCAUGGCAGUGCUGACCAGCGGUGGAGAUGCACAAGGGAUGAACGCCGCCGUCCGAGCUGUGACCCGGAUGGGCAUCUACGUGGGAGCCAAGGUCUAUCUCAUUUACGAGGGAUACCAGGGCUUGGUGGAUGGAGGAGACAACAUUAAACUGGCCCACUGGCACAGUGUGACCAACAUCAUCCAGCUGGGUGGGACUAUAAUAGGUAGUGCCCGCUGCAAGGCCUUCACAACUCGUGAGGGGAGGCUCGCCGCCGCUUUCAACCUGGUGAAGAAAGGCAUCACCAACCUGUGUGUGUGUGGUGGAGACGGCAGCCUCACCGGAGCCAACAUCUUCCGCAGCGAGUGGAGCGGCCUGCUGGAGGAACUCGUGCAGAAAGGAAGGAUCACAGACUCUCUGGCCAAGCAGCACGACCACCUAAACAUCGUAGGGCUUGUGGGCUCCAUAGACAACGACUUCUGCGGCACUGACAUGACCAUCGGGGCCGACUCUGCGCUGCACCGCAUCAUGGAGAUAAUUGACGCCAUCAUGACAACCGCACAGAGCCACCAGCGCACUUUUGUUCUGGAAGUCAUGGGGCGACACUGUGGGUAUUUGGCCUUGGUGUCAGCUCUGGCAUCUGGAGCAGACUGGCUUUUUAUUCCUGAAGCUCCUCCCAAAGAGGGAUGGGAGGACCGCAUGUGCGCCCGUCUAGAGUCGAGCCGCACAACGGGGUCAAGACUCAACAUUAUAAUCAUUGCAGAAGGAGCCAUUGACAGAAAUGGAAAGCCCAUCUCCUCAACCUAUGUAAAAGAUCUGGUGGUGAAGCGAUUGGGCUACGACACCAGAGUGACUGUUCUCGGCCAUGUCCAGCGAGGAGGAAUCCCCUCAGCGUUCGACAGAAUACUGAGCAGUAAGUUGGGUGUGGAGGCAGUGAUUGCCCUGAUGGAGGCCUCUCCCGACACCCCGGCCUGUGUCAUCGGUCUGUCGGGCAACCAUGCAGUCCGCCUGCCUCUGAUGGAGUGUGUGGAGAUGACUAAGCUGGUGCAGAAGGCCAUGAAUGAGAAGAGGUUUGACGAGGCUAUCAAACUGCGAGGAGGGAGUUUUGAGAACAACUGGAAUAUCUACAAGCUCCUUGCCUUCCAGAAGCCUGCCCAGACUCAAAGCAACUUCACUUUGGCUAUUCUGAAUGUGGGAGCUCCAUCUGGAGGGAUGAAUGCAGCCGUGAGGUCCGCUGUAAGGGUGGCGCUCGCUCACGGACACAAGGUCUACGCUGUCAAUGAUGGCUAUCAAGGGCUCGCCAAUGGAGCGUUGUUUGAGAUGAAGUGGGGCAAUGUGGCUGGAUGGACGGGCCAGGGGGGCUCACUGCUGGGGACGAAACGAACUCUUCCCGGCAAACACAUGGAGAAGAUUGUGGAAAACAUCACCAAGUUCAAAAUCUCAGCUCUGCUUGUAAUCGGAGGGUUUGAGGCGUACCACGGUGUGCUGCAGCUGUUUGAAGCCCGGAGUUACAACGAUGAGCUCUGCAUCCCCAUGUGUGUUAUCCCUGCUACCAUCAGCAACAACAUCCCCGGAACUGACUUCAGCCUGGGAGCAGACACCGCCGUCAACGCUGCCAUGGAGGGUUGCGACAAGAUCAAGCAGUCUGCCAGCGGGACCAAGAGACGAGUGUUUGUGGUGGAGACUAUGGGGGGAUUCUGCGGCUAUCUGGCAACCUCCACUGGUAUGGCUGUGGGUGCUGAUGCAGCCUACAUCUUUGAGGAACCCAUCAACAUCCAUGACCUCAAAACCAACGUGGAGCAUUUGACAGAGAAGAUGAAGAAGGACAUCCAGCGAGGACUGGUGCUCAGGAAUGAAAAAUGCCAUGAAAACUACACUACAGACUUCAUCCACAGGCUGUACUCAGCAGAGGGGAAGGGCAUCUUUGACUGCAGAGUCAAUGUGUUGGGACACCUCCAGCAGGGAGGGGCACCUUCUCCCUUUGAUAGAAAUUUUGGCACUAAGUUGGGUGUGAGGGCUAUCCAGUGGAUCUCAGAGAAGUUGACUGAACACUUCAGACAAGGCCGUGUGUUUGCCAACUCGCCAGAAACAGCCUGCGUGCUCGCCCUCAAGAGGAAGGUCAUCUCAUUCGUUCCCGUCUCUGAACUAAAGGAUCAGACGGAUUUUGAGCACCGCAUGCCCAAGGUCCAGUGGUGGUUUAAUCUGCGGCCUAUGCUGAGGAUGUUGGCCAAGUACCAAACCAGCUUCUGCGAAUAUGUCCCGGGAGAGAUUGAACACGUGACUCGACGCUCCAUCAGCAUCGACGCAGGUUUCUAGGCUAGGUUUCCCUGCACUUUUUAAACCCUAUCUCUCCAUCCUGUGACCUGUAAUGCUUCGUCCCUGCACAUCUGCACUCACAUAUUGUGCAGAUUUCCUGUUCUCCAGCCCAACUCUCCCUCCAAGCACACAGUUUGCUUGUGUUUGUUUGCAAAACUUCUGCUCUCAGACCCCUGAGAACACAGUGUCGGCCUGACAGAUGAGUGGCUGCAGAUGUCCUGAGCAGCAAGUCCCUGGUUUGAUUCCUUUACUGCAUUUCAUUGUCCUCUCAAAUUGAAAGACCGGGCUCUUGACUAAACACAGAAAUACACCCUUAUACUCUAAAUAACUGCAGUGAUCUCAGUCUGUAGUCAGUGUUAUAGAAGCUGCAGUACAUUAAAUCAUGUAGAAGUGCAUUUUCCAGUAUUCAUUUAUUAAAUAGAACAUUUUUGUAACCUUGUGCCAAGGUGCAAGUGAGGCUACUCAUAUCACUGCUAAGAACAGACAACCAGGUGUGCCAUUAAACUUCACGUUGUACAGACUAACUACUGAACAACAUGCAACAGACUGUAUGCAGUUUGGUGUGAAAUCACAUGAACUAAUUCUGAAUAAUGUGACCAGUAACCUUGAUUAAGAGAAGGUUGCUGGUCAUGCUCUGACAUGUUUCAGUAGCUAAAAAUGACAGCAUCUAAAUUUUGGUUGGUUUCAUCUGAUAUAUAUUUCAUACCUUUAAUGUCAGAAUGUGAAUGUGUGUGAUACAAGGGACCAAUGAGAUGUUUUUUGUGUGUGUAUUUUAUUUAAUGUGUUGGACUGACACUCUACUUCUGCCAUUAAGUAAACUGAACAGCAAAUCAUAAAAUAUCAAGACCGUUUGUUACACUGUGUAAGAAAACUGAACAAACUUCUACUGAACUUGAAACAGGGAACUCUGUAAAGACAUUUAUGUUGUAUGUUAUUUUGAUAUGACAGCUUUAUCUUCAAUAAAGGUUAUGCAUCUAUGAACCUA